AUGUCGGUCGUCACAUCUGUCUACACGCAGUUGUACAACAACUCGAUGCAGGCCGGCCACAGCCUGUUCGAUCUCGCGGUCGCGGCGACGAAGCCCGUGUCGUACGAUCUCUAUCCCGGCGUCGAUGUCGCGAGCUUGAACAUCGUCGAGAAGCUGUGGAUGGAUUGGUACCUCUACUGGGGGAAUCCUAUCAUUGCUACGGGUCAGUUGGGGCGUCUUGUCUUGCGCUCGCACUAACGCCGACAGUAGGCGAUGUUUCGUGGCGAAAUCCGGGGGAAUGCUCGACCCCCGACGAGCCGCUGCGACCGCGAUGCGAGCUGCGACUCGGUUUCCGGGGUAACACAAUACUGAUCAUCAUCUCUCCGACGUCGCUUCGACUGCAGGUAUCAUGGCCUUCUUGAUGCACGAGGUAAGUCUCGGCGUACUCUUGCAUCGCAGCCGAACUAAGCGCGCGCGCUCGGACCUCGUUUGGGCCGUGUUUUGCCACUAACCCACACAGCUCGGCAUCGCGCUGACCCAACCAUUCCUCUCGCCGGACGCGAUCUUCCCCUCCGUUGUACUCUACGCAGGUCGUCUACUUUGGGCGCUGCAUCCCAUGGGUCAUCAUCGGUCAGAUCCGGUACUUUGACCAAUACAAACUCCAAGAGGUUAGUGCACACCCCCUUAUACUCUCGUCGCCUGCGGAUCGCGUCCACGGCCAAGUGCUCACUGCAUCGACGCGUUUUGGUCCCUCCAAGACCAAGAUGCCGACAGCCAGGCAACAAUGGGAAUGCACAAAGUCGGUCCUCAAGACACACUUCUCCGUCGAAUUGCCUCAGGUUCGUUCGCCACAUUCGGCUCGUCACGUGUUCUACCCCUUCGUCGCAGCAAACUGAUUCUGCUCUGCCUCGCACAGAUCUACCUCUUCCAUCGUGAGCUCGGACGUCAAAUACUCAUUGAACCAGAUCACCUGGCUGAUGCUUUUGUUCGCACCUGCAGCCAUGGCCACCAGCGUCGGAAUGAAGACACAUGAACUCCCCUUCCCCAAGAUUGCCACAAUCCUCUACCAAGCAAGUCCUUCUUGGCGUUGGUUCCUUACCUGCCGUAGCUAACCCUUUUGUAUGGAUCCCGCCGCAGCUCGCCCUCUUCUUCGUCAUGGAGGACGCAUGGCACUACUUUGCUCACCGUCUCCUGCACCACAAGCGACUCUACAAGCACAUCCACAAGGUGCGCAUGGCACGGAGGUGGUCUCUAGCAUAAGGAACUCCAGCUGAUAGACCAGGGUUUCCAUUCCAUGCAGAUUCACCACGAGUUCUCGGCCCCGUUCGGUCUCGCCGCUGAAUACGCACACCCCAUCGAGGUGGGUCCGAGAUUUCAGAUCGCGAAUGGACGAACAGACCAACUGAGUAUGUCAAUCCCCCAAUCACAGGUCAUAGUCUUGGGUCUCGGUACCGUCGGUUCCCCUCUCCUCUGGUGCUGGCUGUCUGGCGGCAACAUGCAUCUCAUCACCAUGUACAUCUGGAUCACGCUCCGUCUAUUCCAAGCCAUCGACGCGCACUCCGGAUACGACUUUCCUUGGUCGCUCAACAAGAUCCUCCCCUUCUGGGCCGGCGCCGAUCACCAUGAUUAUCAUCAUCAAUCGUUUGCGGAUUGUUAUUCGACCUCGUUCAGGUGGAUGGAUACGCUCUUUGGAACGGAUAAGAAGUAUCAUGCUUUUAGGUCGAAUCAGAAGGCCGAGAAGGCAGCGAAGAAGGUCGGAGGUGGGAAGGCGCAGUAA